UAGCCCGUGGGUCCUUUUUUCUUUUACUUACUAAAGACUUAGUGAAAUAUUUGUCCCAUAUCUCCCUUUACCCCUACCACACCCCACCUCCACCCUCAAACUAUUGUUGCAUAUAAAUAAGGAAGUGAUUGAUAAAUGUAGAGACAAAUACCCAUCAAACUCUGUCUCUCACUUUCCUUCAUUAUUAACUCAUUCCCCAAAAUAAUUCAUUUAUCAUAUCCCCAAACUUUUUUUCUACACCGCAAAAUCCAAAAAAACACAAGGGUUAAGUGUGGCAUUGAUGUUUUUGGUAUAAAGCUCUUCUUAAAGUAAGAUCACCAAUGAUAGCUUCAGAGAGUACUUCCAAGACCUCGGAAACUAACUCAGUAAGUCAAGAGAGCAAAGAAGAGAAGAAGAUACCGGUUAAAGAUACCGGUAAGCACCCGGUUUACCGGGGAGUCCGAAAGAGGAACUGGGGAAAAUGGGUGUCGGAGAUACGCGAACCGAGGAAAAAGUCCCGUAUAUGGCUUGGAACUUUUCCUUCCCCGGAGAUGGCGGCGCGUGCACAUGACGUAGCUGCUCUAAGCAUUAAAGGAGCCUCCGCUAUACUCAACUUCCCUGACCUAGCCGGCUCUUUCCCGCGGCCUAGCUCGCUUAACCCUCGAGACAUCCAAGUCGCGGCUCUCAAAGCCGCACACAUGGAGACCUCGCAGUAUUCUUUCUCUUCUUCUUCUUUAACGUUUUCGUCUUCACAGUCUUCUUCUUCGCUUGAGUCUCUCGUGUCUUCCUCUGGGACCGGCUCCGAGGAGCUAGGGGAGAUCGUAGAGCUGCCAAGUUUGGGAUCGAGCUACGACGGUUUGACUCAACUAGGUAACGAGUUUAUAUUCUCUGACUCUGCAGACUUAUGGGCUUAUCCACCGCAAUGGUCCGAAAGUGAUUAUCAAAUGAUUCCUUCCUCGUUAUCACAAGAUUGGGAUCUUCAAGGACUGUAUAAUUAUUAAGUCAUAAUCAUAAAAAAAUAUACUAGUAAUGUUGUGUUUAAUAAUUACUUUUUAAUGAACCCUUUAUUUUGUAGGGUGACUUUAGGGUUAUUUGUCUUUAAAUUCUCUUUUUCUCAAUUUGUGUGUGAGAGAGUUCGAUAUAUGAAUACUUGUACAUACUUCUCAUAAACAUGUGUUUCUUUUUUUAAUAAUCAGUGUGGAAAAUUUGGAAAAUAAAUAAUAUUGGAGUAAUAGUAGCCAAUGGAAGCCA